GACAAGUUUAUAACUAUUCUCAAAAUUUUAUAAAUUGUACUAAUACACAUACCACCAUGAUAUCUACAGAAUCAUCGGAGGAAUCCUCCACGAUUCCGUCCAGGGUUACAAUACACUCCUGUGAAACAUUAACUUGGUCAUCCGACAAAACUUUGGGGAAGUCAGGAAUAAGAAUUACUCCGGACAUGGUCCACAACCUACAGUAUGAUAUACAAUUGGACAACGAUGGAUAUGAGACCUGGCAGGCGACAACUCCCUACCAAUCUUUAUCCUCUAUCCUUCACGUAUCAGUUACUGCCAAAUCGCCCCAGUUAAUGGCACUUUUCGCUGACGGCGAUAUAAACUCUGCCAUGCGAAUUUUACUAGAAUCGCUUCACGCCCCGUUCGGCCCUAAUGCUGUAGCCACUAUUCUGGUGGAGAGGAGCAUUGCAGAUGAUGUGAAGGCACGAAUUCAACUUGGAAUGCACUGCCUUCUUGGUGAUUCGGCCUAUAAUAACCAUUACAUGCGGACCGUGGACAAACUUCAGCUAGUUGACUUUGAAACCAUUAUGGGCGAUCCUGAGAAAGUGCAGGCAUCUGUCACGCCCAUUGUGGUCAUCGGUCACACCCAGAACGAGCUGGGAACAUGGCCCAGUGGGGUCAUCACCAUGCAUACAUUUGGGUGUCUCGCAGAAGCUAUAGCUGCAUAUCGCAGCGAGGAAAUGUUCUUUGAGGCCGUUUCAAUAUGGAAUGAGACAAUGGACGGGGUCCAUGAACUAUUGGCUGCAAUUUCUUCCACUCUCCUUUAUAUAAACUGUUGCAAUGUCGACAUCGAACCGAUAAGAGAUGCCUACGAAAGUUCGAAAAAGACAGUCCUGGUGUGGAAAGGGCUCCACUACAAAAUAGUAGAAUUGAUGGGAAAGCGUAAGAUAAUUGUGUUUCCUGUUGGGAAAGACAUUAAAAAGUUAAUCCAAUUGGUUGAUAAAGCUCCUAAAAAAAGGUACAUUGAUGGCCUUAAUCCCUAAUAAAUUUAAAUGGUAUAUUAUAGCAGA